GACUCAUCAGUGAUAAUGAGCUGCACUUAUACAUACCCUACUGGAUAUAAGAUCAAGAGAGUGUUCUGGACCAAAGGCCCAUUACAAAAGGGUGUAGAGCCUCCAGAUCUGUCUGAGGACCCUGAAUACAGACAGAGGCUUCAGUAUCUGGAAGAUAAACAGCAGAACUGCACCAUCAGACUGAGUCAUGUGACACUGAAGGAUUCACACAAGUACUAUUUCAGAUUCACCAUUGAUAAACCUGAUGGUAAAUGGAUUGGUGAUCCAGGAGUGACUCUUACUGUCACAGAUCUUCAGGUGGAGUCUCCUGAGAGAGUGACAGAGGGACAUUCAGUCCGUCUGACAUGUAAAAGCAGCUGUAAUCUGACUGACAGAGCAACAUUCAUCUGGUACAGAAACUCACAGCCAUUAACUGAGAGAAGAGACAGAAACAAUGAACUCCUGCUGCAGUCAGUCAGAAGAGAGGAUGCAGGCAGAUAUAGCUGUGCUGUACACGGACACAAUCACACCUCUCCUGCUGUUGAGCUCAAUGUCAUGUACCCACCCAGGAACGUCUCAGUGUUGAUAACUGGAUCUGGUGAAACAGUGUCAGGAGAUUCAGUGACUCUGAUCUGCAGCAGUGAUUCAAACCCUCCUGCUCUGAACUUCAGCUGGUUUAAGGAGAAUGAAAGCUCAGCUGUUGGAUCUGGACAGAGUUUCAGUGCACUACAGAGUGGACGCUUCUACUGUCAGGCUCACAAUCAACAUGGAUCUCAGAGAUCAGACGCUGUAACUGUCACAGUUCAUCAUGGUGCUGGUAGGAAUGUGAUUGUGAUCGCAGCGACAUCUGGAGGAUUAUUCAUCAUCAUCAUCAUCAUCAUCCUCUUAAUAAUGUGA